AUGUGCACUCCUGCUCUGCAGAACGAUUUUAGCCACUAUCGGCGUGGUAUUGGGUUAGGACUACUCGACAACAGCGCCUCGGAGGUGGAGUUAGCUAAUUCCAUAUCGCUAUUUCUUGCCGCUCCUACUCCAAUGCUGUCGAGUUUGAGCUCUGCAACACUGGAGUUUGUCCGAUCUCAUCCAACACUUCCAAUCGGAAACACAACAGAUACCCUUGCUACCAUUGUUAGCGUGUGUCGGUAUAUGGUCGGGUCACCUGAGGUGGCUGAGCGUAUAACGGAGGCAACACGAUUGUUUUGCGUUCGAGUAAUGGUUGGAUGCCUCAUUUUAUACGAUCACAUUGACGAAAAUGGAGCUUUUGUGAGAGAGUCACCCAUCAAUCUCCGAGCAGUCGUCAAUGUUGUCAAGGAGCAAACACAACCCCCACAGACUGAAGCUCUGUUGAACGCACUACGCUAUACUUCCAAGCAUUUUACUCAAGCUUCAACUCCAAAAUCUGUUCGAGCUAUUCUCGCCUAA